AUGGGUAGACAGGGCGAAAUGACCGAGAUCAACCUCGUACCUAUGGAAGACAGCUCGAGUGGCCACAGCUCGAUAGAACAUCCAUCGCGGACAGAACAACGUUCAUCAAGUGCGAAUCACAAUACCAUUAAUCAUAAUCGACAAUCAUACUCAUACUCAUACUCACAAUCACGCCCUCCGGCUCCGGGCCACUAUCACUACUCCAGACAGUCGUACGUGGACGACACACCUGGUGCUAGUCCACCAGGCACGCCCAUGACUGGAGGUGGAGGUGCACAUCCUUAUGGAAGCCUGCAACCUCCAAGACAUCCUUCGUACGCUACUGGCAAUGGUGUAGACACAAGGAGCUCGUCGCCGUUUCCACAAAGUCAAACACCUUUCCGCAGUCAAGACACUCUUCGCCCCCUCUUUCCCGACACUUCUUCGACCUUUUUCAACAAGGACUGGGUCAAGGAUGGCUCAAUAGCACAACUGCACAGUCGAGAUGACGCCGAGUUCUGGCACGGGUGGAAGAGGAACCUCUUCUAUUUUGCUCCUAUGCUGGUCGCUCUAUCGCUGGCCUUGUACUGGAUCUACUUCGGUCUGCGGAUCGCCUUCAUUAUCUCGGCACAGAACCAGAAACGAGCAACCUUCCCCCUUGCCUGGAUUUUCGUUGCUGUCGAAGUCAGUGUCGCCAUACCAAUCUUCAUGCAGAACUUCUGGACCAUGUUCGCUCUCAAGAAGAGGAGGAGGCCAAAAUUGAGGCUGAUUGGCAACGACGUUCCAACCGUCGACGUGUUCGUGACAUGCUGUGGCGAAGAUGACGACCUUGUCCUCGACACUGUACGAGCCUCUUGCGACCAAGAUUGGCCCCAAGACAAAUUUCGAGUCAUUGUGCUAGACGAUGGAAAGAGCGCAACACUCGAGCGCGCGGUGCGGGAUUUGGCUGACACAUAUCCCAAUUUGUACUACAAAUCUCGUCCCAAAUUCCCUGGCGUCCCACACCAUUUUAAGGCUGGCAAUCUCAACUAUGGUCUCGACGAGGUUCAUACCAUGCCUGGAGGAGCUGGCCAAUUUAUGGCGGCUCUGGACGCUGAUAUGAUUCCUGAACAGCAUUGGCUUCGUGCUGUCACUCCACAUCUUCUUUUGGACCCAAAGAUGGCUCUUGCCUGUCCCCCUCAGCUCUUCUACAACACUCCUCCUGGAGACCCCCUCUGCCAAUCCCUCGACUUUUUCGUACAUGUCUGCGAACCCAUCAAGGAUGCCCUUGGUGUCGCAUGGUGUACCGGAUCUGGUUACGUGGUGCGAAGAGAUGCGCUGGAUGAGAUUGGCAACUUUCCCCUUGGUUCUCUCGCCGAAGACGUGGCUACUUCCACGUUGAUGCUUGGUAAAGGCUGGAAGACGGCAUUCGUCCACGAGCCUUUGCAAUUCGGUACUGUACCUGAGGAUUUUGGCAGUCAUCUGAAGCAACGGACGAGAUGGGCUAUUGGCACUGUUGACACUUCCCUCAAGCUCAACUUCUGUCUCUGGGGUGACAAGAUCAAGCGCAUGAGCUUCGCACAAAAGAGUUCGAGUUUUCUUUACGCCUUCCUUAGCUUGUUCAACAUCCUGCUUACAGUCUCUAUGUUCGCUCUUCCAGUUGUUCUGAUCGCUGGAAAGCCAUUGGUUGCUUAUGCUAACUUCGAACAACUGAGAUGGCUCAUUAGAGCAUGUUUUGCAGCAUAUGUUGCCAACAGGGCGACCGAGUUUGUCCUGUUUAUUCCUUCUGGCUACCAUACUGGUCAACGUGGUUCUCGAUAUCAACUAUGGAUGUCACCCUACAUCGCACUCUGCUUGAUCCGGGCCUUCGUGCUUCCUAAGUGGCUAGGAGGACAAGCUCAAGCUUUCAAGCCUACAGGAUCUUUGCAAUCGGCAUUAAACGAAAGAGACGCAGCCAAACGUGCUCCAAUGUGGAGACGGAUGUGGACAAUCAUUGUUAAUUACAUGGCAUGGUUUCACGUCGGCUACGUGUACUUCUGCCUAGUGGCAGUAGCUAUGUCUUCCUACCGAUGUUUUACCAACCUCACGACUAAGGAUAUCUUGAUCUGUUUGAUCACCCACGCCUUCUGGCCACCACUUACGUUCAUCAUUGUCUGCAGUUCUUUCUGGAUUCCUAUCACCUACGCUGUCGAUCCUCCGACAGUGCCUGAUCGGGAACAGCUUCUGGUUCGAGAUCCAAAAACCAAUGUUGCUCAUCCUACGAAAGAGAGCAAAAAGAUUGCGUUCAAGGGUCAAAGCGCCUGGUUCGAAUUCGAGUUGACAUUUACAACGUUGUAUACCACUGCAGCAUUCGUGGCGUCUUUCUUCUAUUGA